GACGACAACAGCACUUCGACACAUCCUGAAGAUUUUCAACGUAUUUCGUGAAGUCUUGUACCCAUUCAGCAGAAUCAUUCCACGUCAUUUCAUUUCGCCAUGAAGUUCUUCGAUGAGACCACAUAAGGCAUAUAGUGCUUGGUGACAAAAGAAGCUAAGUUGUGAUGGCCAGCCACGAUAAGGACAGUGGACAUCUGGCCACUUCCAGACGAAAGUCUGAGGACAACUUGGCCCCUUCCAGUGGGCAACCUGGAGGUCUGGUGGCCCCAUCCAGUGAACAGCCUGAAGGUUGGUUGGCCCCAUCCAGUAAGCAGCCUGAAGGUCGGGUGGCCCCUUCCAGUGGGCAGCCUGAAGGUCUGGUGGCCCCAUCCAGUUGGCAGCCUGAAGGUCGGGUGGCCCCUUCCAGUGGGCAGCCUGAAGGUCGGGUGGCCCCUUCCAGUGGGCAGCCUGAAGGUCACAAGGGCACAUCAAGAUUGAGAGGUGACUUGCCUGUUUCUGAAGUUGACAUAUCCAGUUCAGAUGAGGAAUACCUGACUGCAGAGGAUGACUCUGGUAGCAGCAGAGUCAGUUCAGACGAGGAACAUGAAGGUCACUUGGUACUCGCAGGUUCAGCUGAGCAUGAGGAGGUUCUUGAGCUGGAGAACCAAGCAAUCACUCUGAGUACAGGUGAACAGCGUUCAGGAACAUGGCUUGCUAACACAUUUUCAACAUCGUCACUGGAGGGGCGGGACAAAGGAACACUGGGGAGAGAGUACAAGGUGAAAAAGUUGAAGAAACAACAGUUGAUGACCAUCUCCAUCUGA